CCGGGCGGAGGCGGCGGCUGGCGGCGGCGGUGCCGGGGGUCGUGCGGGCAGUGCCCGCGGGAGAUGUGGCUGAGGCUCCGGCAGGUCCUGCCGGUGCUGUGCCUCGGCGCCGCCUUCCCCCUGCUGUGGUUCGCGGCGUGGCAGGGGAGCCGAGGAAAUGACUUAGAUAUGUACCAACACGAGUUGCUGGAACUUCAAAAAAGACUAUUGUAUGCUGAAAAGGAAAAUAAAAAAAGAUCACAYGAACUGAGCAGUGCCCUAGAUGAAAUUAAACGUAUAGUCGCAAGAAGAAUGAACAUGACAAAAAAUCACACAGAUGAUGUCAAGUGGAAAGAGUUAAACCUCCCCAGAAAACUCCCCGUGCAUCUUGCAAACAUGUACUACUACCUACCUCACCUUCGAGARUAUGAGGAUGCAAGUUUCCCAAAUGUUAUUUUUGGGCAACAGAGAACUGGAGUCUCCCUGGUGAUGGGUAUUCCUACUGUGAAAAGGGAAAAACAAAAUUACCUGAUUGAUACACUGCAUUCCCUACUAUUCGAACUUUCUGAAGAGCAAAAGAAGGACUGCCUAAUAAUCAUCUUUAUAGCAGAGGUGGAUGCUGAGUAUGUUAAGACUGUUGCAGAAAAUAUUAAAACCAGCUUCCCCAGAGAAGUCCAGUCUGGAGUCCUAGAGGUUAUUUCUCCUCCUGCUUCUUAUUAUCCAGAUCUUUCUAACCUGAAGAAAACAUUUGGGGAUUCUGAGGACAGAGUAAGGUGGAGAACUAAACAGAAUUUGGAUUACAGCUUUUUAAUGCUAUAUGCUCAACCUAAGGGAACAUUUUAUUUACAGCUGGAAGACGAUAUUAUAGCCAAAUCUGAUUAUAUGGAAAACAUAAAAAGCUUUGCUGCUCAACAGUCCCAAGACUGGAUCRUUCUUGAGUUCUCCCAGCUUGGAUUUAUUGGAAAAUUGUUUAAAUCAGAAGACUUACCCCUCAUAGUGGAAUUUUUUCUCAUGUUCUAUAAGGAUAAGCCCAUAGACUGGCUUAUAGACCACCUGCUCUGGGUUAAAGUGUGCAAUCCAGAAAAGGAUGCAACACACUGUGAAAAGGAAAAAUCAAAGUUACGCAUCCGUGCUAAACCAUCUCUCUUUCAGCAUAUGGGAGUUCAUUCAUCAUUGGCUGGGAAGGUACAGAAUUUGAAAGAUAAAGAUUUUGGAAAAAAUCUGCUAUAUAAAGCACAUAAUAAUCCACCUGCAAAAGUGGAUACAAGCCUAAAAAUAUACCAGCAAUAUACCCUKGAAAAAAUUUAUAAAGGACAAGACUGUUUUUGGGCUUCAGCUCCAGUGGCAGGUGACUACAUCAGGUUCACAUUUUUAAAUCCACUAAAAGUUGAAAAGUACUUGUUCAGAAGUGGAAACAUGGAGCACCCUGGUGAUAAACUGUUUAACACUACUGUGGAAGUGCUGCCAGCUGAUGAAAGGCUAAGAAGAGAACUGGUUGAUAGUGGAAGYAAAUUUAACUACCCAGCAACCAAAGACGGAUAUUUAAAAAUAGGGGCUUUUGAAAAUGGCCUUGCAGAAGGCAGCAUCAAUCAGUCAAUAGGAAGAAUACAGGCUAUUCGUUUAUCAGUCACUUCUGAUUCUCCUGUCUGGGCAAUACUGAGUGAGGUAUUUAUCAAGACAUCUGAAAACUGAAGAAAAUACAUUUUUGAUGUAUCACUGGUUACAUAUUGUUUGAAGACAAGGCUGACUGCAACAACAAAAAAAAAAAGGACUGGGUAAAAAGAUCAAUUCCAAACCCAUUUAAUGACUAAUAAUGUGUAUUAGGAAAGAGCUGAGGUAACUCUCAGGUCUUUAUAUGGCAAAGUAUAAAAACACAAUUAUGUUAGUAAUUUCUAGAAAAUGUUCUUGAGUAAUAUAUAUAAAAAUCUCACCUUAGCCUGACAACAUUAGAUAGAUAUUAUUAUAAACUAUKGAUAAGGCAUAACAGCUGGCUUCAGGGACUAAAGCAUAAAGCACAAAAAGUUUCACCAGAAAUAAAAAUACAGAUAUUUUUGAAAAACAUUAAGGACACAGUGUUCAACUCCAUUAAAAACACUGGUCUAUUUUUCAGGGAAAUUAGAACKGAAGGAAAAGUUGUCAAUAUUCAUUUCAAGUAUUUAAAGUAGUUCACAGGAGCAUCUUAAUGUUAUGAAAAUGGAUCUCAAAUUUAAUAUAAGUGUGUUUCAGCCUUAAUGUAGCAUAAGUUAUUUUUUUUAAAAGGGAAGUGCCUACAAGUUGUCAUUUGAAUAACUUGAAACUUAAGCAGGUACUGUUUGGAAGAUUGUAAAACUUCUCAGYGAAUUGUGAAUUAAAUUAAUUACAGGAAAUAAUAAGGGUAUUAUCUGUAACUAUAUUUUUGUAGAAAGAAAAUAUAUUUAAAUAAAAUUUUGGAUCGUAUAAUUAGAUAAUCAGCGUGUACUGAUAAUUCAAUCCUCAUCACAAGUCAAAAUUCAACAUAAUUAAAAAAUAAAAAGUAAACCACUGUAGU